UUGGUGAGAAAUGGAAGGAUAUAAUAAUCAAGUAAGUGAGAAUAAUAAUAAUAAUAAUAAUAAUAAUAAUAAUACAAGCACAACAACGAGGGGGAGUUUCUUAUAUGGUGGAGGAGGUCCUCUUGUUCUUGCACCCAAUUCAUCAGUUUAUGGUAGAAGUAACACACUUCAUCAUCAUCAUCAUCAACAAUCGGUUGAGUGCUUUCUCUCUGAAUCUCCUUCUCCGAUCGUGAAGACCGAAGCUAGUGGUUCUCAAUAUAAUCAAGAAUUUCACUACACAUCAGCCGCUGGUAGAGGUGGUGGUGGAGGUGGAGGUGGUGGUGGUGGUGGUGGUAGUUCAAGCGAGGCUGAUGCUAUUAAGGCUAAGAUCAUUGCUCACCCUCAGUAUUCAAACCUUCUGGAAGCUUACAUGGAAUGUCAAAAGGUAGGAGCUCCACCUGAAGUGGUAGCUCGGUUAACGGCAGUUCAUCGGGAAUUCGAAACACGGCACCGAUCAUCCGUUAUUUGCAGAGAUUCUUCAACUGACCCAGAACUCGAUCAGUUCAUGGAAGCCUACUAUGAUAUGUUGGUGAAGUAUAGGGAGGAGCUGACAAGGCCUAUACAAGAAGCCAUGGAGUUCAUGCGAAGGGUUGAGGCGCAGCUUACUACGCUCAGUCAUGGCUCUCUACUGAAUUUCUCCUCAGAUGAGAAGUGUGAAGGUGUGGGUUCAUCUGAAGAAGAUCAAGACAAUAGUGAGGGAGAGAUGGAACCCCUUGAGAUUGAUCCACGCGCUGAAGAUAGAGAAUUAAAGAAUCAUCUUUUGAAGAAGUAUAGUGGCUACUUAAGCAGCCUCAAACAAGAGCUUUCUAAGAAAAAGAAGAAAGGGAAACUUCCCAAGGAUGCAAGGCAAAAGCUACUUAAUUGGUGGGAACUACACUACAAAUGGCCAUAUCCAUCGGAGACAGAGAAGGUUGCAUUGGCAGAAUCAACUGGUUUGGAUCAGAAGCAAAUCAAUAAUUGGUUCAUAAAUCAGAGAAAAAGACACUGGAAACCAGCUGAAGACAUGCAAUUUGUGGUUAUGGAUGGGUUACAUGCACAGAAUACUGCUCUUUAUAUGGAGGGUCAUUUCAUGAGUGAUGGUGCUUAUCGUUUGGGCCCAUGAUCACCAACUAGGAAGGG